GCGACAAAAAACAUUUAUGAACAUACGCUACGCUCACCAUGGGCUCUAAAUCUCGACGUCGGUCCAGAUCCAAAAGUCAAACUCGGGACCGAAAGAAUCGAUCCAAAGUAAGCAGAUCCCGGUCCCCAGAUGUAAGGAGGGGUCGUAGUCGGUCUAUGGAGAGAAAACAAGUUAGUCGAUCUCGAGGACGGUCCGACAGCGGUUCCCCUGGUCGAAGUGGUUCCGACACGGACGCGAAACAAAGACGCGGACGAUCAUCCAGCUCUGAAGCGGACAACACAAAAUCCCGCAGAAAAAGGGAACCUGAGCGUGUUAGAGCUACGUCUCGUGAGAGAAGGGACAAAAGAUCCUCAUCUUCCUCCCACUCAAGUGACAGCAGUGGUGACAGGAAACACAGACGACGAAGAAGUCGCGAUAAAGAGAGAUCUGAGCGAGACUCCAGGAAAGACAGAUGGACUGGGGGCAGCAGAGACCGAAAAGGUAAUAGAGACAAAAGCCCGGAGAAAAGAAAAAAGACACAUCGGAGCCAAGAUGCGAGAAGGCAGCGUUCAAGUUCCCCAGAUUCGUCUGACAGCUCGGGGUCCGACCCAGAGAGGAGAACAAUUAAUGAGAAGGAGGACAGGAAAAAACAGAAGGAGAUGAUGAAGUCUUUGGAGACCCCAGAAGAGAAGAGGGCAAGACGACUGGCAAAGAAAGAAGCAAAGGAGAAGAAACGUAGAGAAAAGAUGGGCUGGAGUGAGGAAUACAUGGGGUACACCAACGCUGACAACCCUUUUGGGGACAACAACCUAUUGGGCACGUUUAAAUGGCAAAAGGCUUUGGAUAAGAAAGGAAUUGGCCACCUGGGAGAAAAGGAGCUCAAAGAGAGAAACAAACAAAUCCAGGAGGAAAAUCGAAGAGAGUUACAGAAGGUGAAACAGUUGCGUCUUGAGCGGGAGCGAGAAAAAGCCAUGAGGGAAACGGAACUGGAGAUGUUGCAGAGAGAAAAAGAGGCAGAGCAUUUCAAGACCUGGGCCGAACAAGAAGACAACUUUCAUCUGCAUCAGGCCAAACUCAGGUCAAAGAUCAGGAUCCGUGAUGGUCGUGCGAAGCCCAUUGACCUUUUGGCCAAGUACAUCAGUGCAGAAGAUGAUGAUCUGGCAGUUGAAAUGCAUGAACCAUACACGUUCCUUAAUGGACUGACCGUGACUGACAUGGACGAUCUCCUUGAGGACAUCAAGGUUUAUAUGGAGCUGGAGCAGGGCAAAAACGUGGACUUUUGGAGAGACAUGACCACCAUAACUGAGGAUGAGAUAAACAAGCUUCGGAAACUGGAGGCAUCUGGAAAAGGACCGGGUGAUCGCCGUGAGGGCAUCAACACAGCUGUCAGCACAGAUGUUCAGACCGUGUUUAAAGGGAAGACAUACAGCCAGCUGCAGGCGCUGCACCUAAACAUCGAGUCUAAAAUCCGAGCCGGUGGCUCCAACUUGGAUAUCGGGUACUGGGAGAGUCUGUUGCAACAAGUGCGAGUCUAUUUGGCGAGAGCGAGGUUACGAGAGAGACACCAGGAUGUGCUACGGCAAAAACUCUUCAAGCUGAAACAAGAACAGGGAGUGGAAAGCGAACCUUUGUUCCCCAUCAUCAAGGAUGAACCGGUGACUGAAAGUAUUGACAGGAGCAGAGACGAGCCUGGCCUCUCUUCGACUUCAUCCACUGGAAGAGUGGCAGAUGCGGCAUGUGGCGGGGAGGCUGACGAACCAGGUCCAUCGACAUCAGCCGGCACCAACCGAGCGGGUGAAGACGAAGAGGGAAAAAAGGACGACGACAAGGGGGAAGAGGACAAAGGGGAAGCAGUAGAGGCUGUGUUGACAGAGGAGGAUCUAAUCCAGCAGAGCCAGGCGGAGUAUGACUCCGGCCGCUACAGUCCAGCUCUUCUGACGUCCUCAGAGAUGCCGCUUGACACUCACACCAUCACACCAGAAGAGGACGCGCACAGGUUGCAGCUAGCGCGCAGGCAGCUGCAGGCUACAGGUGAUGCCAGCGAGAGCGCCGAGGACUUCUUCGUACGCCGCGCCAAAGAAGGAAUGAACAACGACGAAGCUCAGUUCAGCGUGGAGAUCCCCGUCACCGGGAAGAUGUACCUGUGGGCCGACAAAUACCGGCCCAGGAAACCACGCUUCUUCAAUCGAGUGCACACCGGCUUCGAGUGGAACAAGUACAACCAGACUCAUUACGACUUUGACAACCCGCCGCCGAAGAUCGUCCAGGGUUAUAAGUUCAAUAUCUUCUACCCCGAUCUGAUUGACAAGCGUUCCACCCCUCAGUACUUCCUUGAGCCCAGUCCUGACAACAAGGACUUCGGCAUCUUAAGAUUCCACGCCGGACCACCGUACGAGGAUAUCGCUUUUAAGAUCGUGAACAGAGAGUGGGAGUACUCUCACCGCCACGGUUUCCGCUGUCAGUUUGCAAAUGGUAUCUUCCAGCUUUGGUUCCACUUCAAGAGGUACCGCUACAGGAGAUAAGCCCAUGAGCACCUGCAGUUUUAAAAUCAUGGAUGUACAUUUUUUUUUUUUGCAGUCUUUUGAGAUAAACGUGGUGAGAAGUGCAUUUGUCAUUGCUUUGUAAACUAUAUACCCUGUAAUAUCAACAGAGGGCGCAAGACCAUCCUCACAAACUUCCUGGUUACAGCAUCGUUUAAUAAAUAAACUAGUAAUUUGCUAAACA